AUGUACAGAAUAGACGUUUCAGAUUUUUAUGACUUCCAAGCGUUCAGAAAUAUGUGUCCAUUUAGAGACUAUAACAAAGCAGUCGAGAAUUUGAAACGUUUAGUCAUUUAUGUCGACUCUGCCCCAGAAUGUUAUGUCAUGAAAGAAUGGGAUGUUGUCUUUAACAAACCAAGAGCAACCAUAGUUUCAGAACAAGAAUGUAGACAGAAACUUAAGAAAAUAAAAGUCGUACAAGUUGGUAUGAAGAUGUUAGAUGCUUGGGAUAUCUUAUUGUCAAAGUUAGAAGAUUUUUCAGUUCGUGGUAUAAAGUUCUAUACACCAUCUCCAAACUUCUAUUCUAUCUUCACUGGAUAUAAAUACGAACAAGUAGAAUGGAAAGAAAAUGUUAUAGAAGCUUGGUUAGACCAUGUCAAAGAAAUUAUAUGCAAUGGAAACGAAAGAGUCUAUGA